CGAGCAGGUGUGUCCUUAUUAAGGAGCACUGGAGUGUAUUUUUAUGAUGCAGACUUUUCAAGGACUGGAAAACUGAAUGGCUAAAUAAAGUGGAAGAUUUUGUGUGACUGCAGAGGGUCUCUGCUACAGCAACAUGAAGUCCAGGAGUUUAUUAUCACCGUCUCUGCUGCUUCUGCUCCUUCUGGAGUUCAGCGGUGUGUCUCUGCAGGAGAGCAGGAGGCCGAAUUUUGUCCUCAUGAUGGUGGACGACCUCGGGAUCGGAGACCUGGGCUGCUAUGGCAACAAAACUCUACGGACCCCCAAUAUCGACCAGCUGGCGGAGGACGGCGUGAAGCUGACUCAUCACAUCGCUGCUGCCAGCCUCUGCAGCCCCAGCAGGGCUGCAUUCCUCACUGGACGGUACCCGAUACGAUCAGGGAUUUACAGCACUGGCAAAAAUGUUGUCUUCAUGUUGAACGCAGCUCCUGGAGGCCUCCCCAGCAGAGAGAUCACUUUUGCAAAGCUAGCACAACAACAAGGCUACGAAACAGCACUCAUUGGAAAGUGGCACCUCGGACUAAACUGCCACAGCAGCGAUGAUCACUGCCACCACCCUAACAAUCACGGCUUUAACUAUUUCUUUGGGAUCCCUUUAACAAACCUGCGCGACUGCCAACCUGGACACGGCACAGUCUUCCAGAUCCAGAAAUACCUACCAUUAAAGACACUUGGCAUUGUCUUACUUACAGCAGUUUUCCUCCAUUACCGCGGCUUCAUCCCAGUCCACAGAAGGCUGUUCCUGGCUCUGCUGGCUGUGCUGAUCACAGCUGCAGGACUGGUUGCAGGAUUCCUCACAGUCAUCCCGUACUUUAACUGUAUCCUGAUGAGGGACCACAGAGUCAUAGAGCAGCCGUUUGUGUCUGAAAACCUGACGCAAAGGAUGACUCGGGAGGCUGUUGACUUUAUGGAGAAGAACUCUGAGAAGCCAUUCCUGCUGUUUUUCUCUUUUAUCCAAGUCCACACAGCCAUGUUCGCCUCUGCACCCUUCAGAGGAAGCAGCCAACACGGCAUCUACGGAGACGCUGUCCAUGAGGUGGACUGGAGCGUAGGUGAGCUCAUGCGGACUCUGGAUCGACUUGGUCUGAGUGAAAACACCGUGGUGUAUCUGACAUCAGAUCAGGGAGCUCACCUGGAGGAAAUCUCUGCGCGAGGAGAGGUGCACCGAGGAUGGAAUGGCAUUUAUAAAGCAGGGAAGUCCACAAACUGGGAGGGAGGGAUCCGGGUGCCGGGGAUCGUUCGUUGGCCGAGGAUGAUCCCAGCUGGCAGGGAGGUAGACGAGCCCACCAGCAACAUGGACGUGUUUCCGACGGUAGUUCGGCUGAGCGGCGCGUCGGCCCCUGAGGACAGGGAGAUCGACGGUCAUGACCUGAUGGGUUUACUCCAGGGAAAAACAGACAGAUCAGACCAUGAGUUUAUGUUCCACUACUGCAACAACCAGCUGAACGCAGUCAGAUGGCACCCACCAAACAGUAGCUCAGUGUGGAAAUCCUUUUUCUUCACUCCAAACUUCUAUCCAGAGAACGAAACAUCGUGUCUCCACACUCACGUCUGCUUUUGCAGCGACGUGACCUACCAUGAUCCUCCACUUCUCUUCGACCUCUCCAGGGACCCAUCGGAGACCACGCCGCUGACUCCUGACACCGAGCCUGCCUUCAGCUCCAUCCUGGCCGUGAUGAACGAGGCCGCAGAGACACAUCGGAGGUCAGUGACACCGGGAGAGAGCCAGAUGACAGCAGGUGGCGUGGUGUGGAGGCCCUGGAUGCAGCCCUGCUGCUCCACUUUCUCACAGCUCUGUCAGUGCCAGGAGGACGAGUAGGAAGACGGUGAUUUAGGAGGUAAAAUUUAAGCUCCUGAUGUGACUAGAGGAGACUUAAAUGCACUGAAGAAUUCUAGGGGAUCAUUGCAUGAAUGCAUUUUUGCAAAAGAGCCAAAGAACACAAUGGGUAAGCCUUACCCAUUAGGUACGUUUCCCACUGUGUUUUUUUGUGCUUAUCAGAGCUGUGACACAUCCCAGGUGUGUGUAUUCAUCUACUUCUUCAGCCUGAAGUCAGCAGCUGAAUAAUUACUGUAAUAAACCUGCUCCUUUAGCUGGCCUCUUUCCAGGCGGAGGCCUGAAUUUUUUCCGACAAGACGAGCUGAAAAAACAACACAAAUAAUAAACAAAAGCGGGGAAUCUCUCGCCCCGGGUGGAGACAGUAAUUUAAGGGAAGUCUUAAUUGAGCCUCAUUAGCAGGAGCAGCAGGUGGGGUUACAUAAUGCCAACGGGGGGAAGCACUGCAGGAGAUGUUGUUUGUGGUUUGCACUGGAAGGCUCGUUUUACAUGUUGAUAUUUCUGUUUUAAUAUGGUAUUAAUUUGCUGUUAUGCUUCAGUACAGCAGUAAAUUGGAUUAAAAUACAGAAAGGGCUCAUUAGAAACCGUAACCCUGAACUUCAGUGACAAAAACACAAUUGAACCUUUCCUAAUUUGCUCUUUCAUUGUUAACAUAAAGUAGAUAAAAGCAACUAUAGAGGAUUUUUGUUCAAUUUAGAAACAAUUAGAGCACAUGCUCUUAAAAAAUUUGCCCAAAUCUUGAAAAUAAACUGUGAUUUCUUGAUUUUCUGAUGCAUUACAACCAGGAAAAUGACUCCUAAAAUUGCACUCUCCUAACAUUUUAGGGCUUUACAUGUUUAUAUUAAUGAUCUCUGAAAUAGUUGAGUAUCAAAUAACAUCUUUUUAUAUGACUGAUUUGUGAGAAAACUGUACAAAGUUAACAGUAUUAAAAAAUCAUCCUCCUGUUAGGGCUGGGCAACGUGGACCAACGUGCUGCUUUGCAUGAAUAUGAAUAUGGUGUGCUGUGAGAUUUGGGGCAAAAAAAUUUGAAAACCACUGAUAUAGUAUAUAAAUGUUUUUCACAAUACCAAAGCGAUAAACCUUAGUAUAUUUUUUUUUUAAUCAAACCACAUUGCAACCUCCUAGUCCAUACUGUUUUGCUUGUCUUUUAAUAAAAAAAGUCCAGUUCUCUCUACCAGCCACCAUUGUUAACAGGCUUGCAGUCACUUCACCCCCAGGGGGCGCCAAAGAUCUCUAAGGAGGUCUGCUUGGUCAGAAUUAUUAUUAUUAUUAUUAUUUUUAAAAUCAAUAUUAGAAACAAAAUAUAUGACAACAUGUUAAAGCCAUCUAAAGAUGGAAAAAGAGAGAAUACGUACAUUUAUGCGCAAAAAAAUGUAAACUUUUGAAAUUAUGAAGUCAUAUAAUUACAAGAGGAGUUUAAAAAAUUACAUUGUGAUGCAAAAAAUUUCGAGUUUUUAAAUCCUUAAAUUUCUAAGUGUAAAAAUACCAGUUUAAAACUUUAGAUGUUAUGCAUUACAUAUCAUGCUUCAUCUGUGUACGUUUUUCUUAAUAAAUGUAAGAAUGACACAACAAUGAUCACUCUCUUAACUAAAACAAUUCAUAUCCAGUUUGCAAAAGGAGUCAAAAUAAUUACAAUUACAGCUUUUUCCCAAAAUUGUUCAAUCCUGGUUUAGUCUAAUAUUGUGUUGAUUUUAAUACAGAAUGAUUUAGAGCUUGUGUUGAUUGGAAAAUACAUAAGAUGAGGAAUGCAAGACAUAAUUGCAUAUCAUAUUGUAAUCACAAUAUUGGGGAAAAAAUUGCAAUUAGAUUAUUUUCUCAAAUCGUUCAGCCCUUGUAGCUCCCUAUUCUUUCUCCUUCAGUGAUGCUGAUUGGUGCGGUCAUUCUCAAGUCAGCUUGAAGCUUUGCAAGUUGGAACUGAUGACAGAUGUGAAAUCUGGAUAACUUUUAAAGGUUAUAAAUGCACAUUUUCUGACCCAAAACGGGAAGAAGGUAUAAACACACCUGAAUGAACAAAAUAAUUCGUGUUUUUCGAGAAAAAAAAAAAAAUCCUCUUUAAUGUCAAAGUGAAAAUGAAAGCAGAUUUCAACAAGGUAAUGUCAAUUAAACAAAAGUAUGUGGCCUCUCUCACUAGUCUCCUUCUUGCACGCUCACUCAUUUUGUGAGGACAGCCUGAUCUAGGCAGAUUUACACAUGUGCUACAGUCCUUCAGUUUCUUGCUGAUGGAUUUAACUCAGGGGUGUCAAAACUUAUUUCAAUUAGGACUGCAUUCAGAAAAACACAAGGCUGACAGGGCCAAUUAGACAUAGCUCACCUGUAGUUAAUAAAACUUAGUAAAACCAGUCUGAUGUAGUUUAAGAUGCACUUUUUAACUGAUAAACUUGAGGAACAGCCAUCUAAAAAAAAAGAAAGAGCCAACUGCAUGGAGCUGUAGGACCUUUAAGAAGUGUUUGGUCUUGAUUAGCAUAAUAUGCUUUAUAAACUGGACCUUGGGAGGGAGCAGAUAGAAUAGCAAAGUAGCACAGUUAUUUGCUGCUUUAAUCUUUUUGUUUCCAUCAUCAAGUUUCAUCAAUCAAGGUUUCCUUGCUUUGCUUGUCAAUAGGGGUGCUCCGAUUGCAAUUUUCUGGCUGAUCACCGAUCUUUAAAAAGCCUGACCUGCCGAUUCCGAUUUUGACCGAUACUGAUUUUUUUAUAACUGACAGCAUACACCUUCAAUGUUCCAAUCUUAUUUUAUUGAAAAACACUGAACAAUACCCGUGAAACAAUACAAACUUGUUGUUUUAACUGCACGAGGUCGCUCUCUCAAAUAUAAUUGAAAAGUUUAGAGCAUUACUGUCCAAACUACUAAAUUAUAUCAGUUCCUUUAGUCUUUAUUUUUCACAUUUUAGUAGGUAGAGGUAGAUAAGAUUGGCGGAUAAGAUCAGUUUCAUAUGUAAGUAUCGGCUGAUCACCGAUCCCCCAAAAUUAAGGAAAUCGGCACCGAUACCGAUUUUGGUCGAUCGAUCGGUGCACCCCUACUAGUCAAUAUGUUUACCAUUUACCUAGUUGUCUCAACUUAGUCAUGAAAAAAACCCUACAUCAACAAAUUCUUGUCAAAAUGUUUGUUUACAGAAUUAACAUAGCAGCACAGUCUGAUGUUGCAACUGAAAAGACCAAAGCUGUCAAGUACAUGCUUUGGGUUAAAAUGUGGGCUACAUUUAUUUGCAUUUUUAAAUUUUCCUGCAGGCCAAUAAAAAACGGCUCACCUGUCACAUUUGGCCCCCUGGCCAUAGUUUGGAUACUCUUGAUUGAAAUGAAAUUUUUUUGUAUCCUCCUCUUACUUUUUUAUAACCUUUUCUGUGAGUUGCUUGGAGUGUUCUUUUGUCUUUAUGGUGUAAUGGUAACUGUUUUUUCUGUCAAUAAACUAGAAAAAAGGGGGAGAAAAAA